AUGGACAAGUUCCGGAUGGUCUUCCAGUUCCUGCAGUCCAACCAGGAGUCCUUCAUGAACGGCAUCUGCGGCAUCAUGGCCCUGGCCAGUGCACAGAUAUACUCGGCCUUCGAUUUCAACUGCCCCUGCCUGCCCGGCUACAAUGCCGCCUACAGCACCGGCAUCAUGCUGGUGCCUCCCCUGGUGCUCUUCCUGCUCGGCCUGGUCCUGAACAACAAUGUGUCCAUGCUGGCUGAGGAGUGGAAGCGCCCGCCGGGCCGCCGGGCCAAGGACCCCGCCGUGCUCCGCUACAUGUUCUGCUCCAUGGCCCAGCGCGCCCUCAUUGCUCCCGUCGUCUGGGUGGCCGUCACGCUGCUCGAUGGCAAGUGCUUCCUCUGUGCCUUCUGCACUGCUGUGCCCGUGACCGUGCUGGGCAACGGCAGCCUGGUGCCCGGCCUGCCUCCGCCUGAGCUCGCCCGCCUGCUGGCCCGGGUGCCCUGCCCAGAGAUCUAUGAUGGCGACUGGCUGCUGGCCCGUGAGGUGGCCGUUCGCUACCUGCGCUGCAUCUCCCAGGCACUGGGCUGGUCCUUUGUGCUGCUGACCACACUGCUGGCAUUUGUUGUGCGCUCUGUGAGGCCCUGCUUUACGCAGGCCGCCUUCCUCAAAAGCAAGUACUGGUCCCACUACAUCGACAUUGAGCGCAAGCUCUUUGACGAGACGUGCACAGAGCACGCCAAGGCCUUCGCCAAGGUCUGUAUCCAGCAGUUCUUCGAGGCCAUGAACCAGGACCUGGAGCUGGGUCACACCCACGGGGUGCUGGCCACGGUCCCAGCUGACUCCGCGGCCCCAGCUACCACUGAAGGGGCCAAGGAGGAGAGGGAGAAGCUUCGAGGCAUCACCGAUCAAGGAGCCAUGAACAGGCUGCUCAUGAGCUGGCACAAAUGCAAGCCGCCCCUGCGGCUGGGCCAGGAGGAGCCACUGAUGGGCAAUGGCUGGGCUGGGGGCAAGCCCCGGCCUCCACGCAAGGAGGUGGCCACCUACUUCAGCAAAGUGUGAGCUGUGGCCAGGUGAAGAGGCAGGAAUGGGGAGUUCUGAACCCACAGACCUUCAGACCCCCAAACCAGAUGGAAAAAUGAAGGCUACAGGUGUGGGUGGUAGGCCCCUGGAGCAGACCCGGGUGCCCAGGCAUUCACCUGCACAUACGAGAC